AUGCCUACGCUAAAUCAAUUAAUUAGAAAACCACGUAAAAAAGAAAUAAAAAGUAAAGUAAAUAUUCUUUUAGGAAACCCUCAAAGAAAGGGAGUUUGUCAAAAAGUCUUUACAGUAACUCCAAAAAAACCAAAUUCUGCCUUACGAAAAGUUACAAAAAUAUUAUUAACUAAUAAAAAAGAAAUUAUAGCUUAUAUUCCUGGAGAAGGAUAUGCAGUGCAAGAUCAUAAUUUUGUCUUAGUUAAAGGGGGAAGAGUAAAAGAUUUACCAGGAGUUCGUUAUAAACUUAUUCGAGGAGCAAAAGAUGUAGCAGGAGUAAAACAAAGAAAAAGUAGUCGUUCUAAAUAUGGAACUAAAAAAUUAACUUAA